AUGUCCAAGAUCUUGCUAUGCGGUGCGGUGCAGGGCCAGUGGGAGCUGCUCUUCGAGCGCGUGCGCAAGCUGAACGCAGCGGCCAAGGACCAACCAUUCGAUGCGCUCGUGUGUGUAAGUCGCUGCUUCCCUCUGCCGUCUGAUUACGUGACAGGAGGCGGCAAAAACGUGCCACUGCUUACGUAUUUCCUGCCAGCGCAUGAGAGCGCACGGUCGUGGCAAGACGAUGCCGUCCAGACGAAGCUUUUUGACACGUUGAGUGCAGUCAAAGGGUCUUCGGAGCCUCUGGAGGUCGGUGAUGGGUUCUAUUGUCUUGCUGGAGCAGGAGUUGCUACUAUUGCAGGAUUGAAGGUGGUCUAUGUCUCGGGCAUAGAGGCUGUUGAUCCGGAGCAGGGGAAAGGAACACUGUUGACGUAUUCGAAAGCAUCGGUGGACGAGCUGAUGCAGCAGCAUUUUGCUGAUGGAAAAGGUCAGGGUGAUGUGGACUUUUUGGUAACAGCAGAGUAUCCGACGAGUUUCCAGUUGUUGCUGCCAGAGCAACAACUAGCUCAUGGAUUACAAGCGAUGCGGGGAAGUGUAGUAGUCAGAGAGAUCGUGCGGCAUAUAUAUCCAAAGUAUCACAUUACAAGUCGUGGGGGAGAUGGCACUCGUGGAGACGUCUUCUACCAGCGACUACCAUAUGUGAGUGAAGUAGUGGGGACCGGAUGCAAGCGAGUUACGCGACUAAUUGGUCUCAGUGGUGUCAAUACAAUCAAAGACAAGACCCGCAAGUAUCUACACGCGCUCCAGGUCGUGCCGUUUGCAAAACAGAUCACAGAAGAAAGCCAACAUGUGGACAUUCCCGCUGGUACUACACAAAACCCCUACCUGCACGCAUUGGUGGACGAAGCGAUCUCACGAAAUCGAGAAUCUGAUGCGAAGAGAAGAAAGAUCGAACCUGCUGCGACUGGAGGUCUCUCUGCCCAACAGAUCGAGCAGCUAUCCGCAAAAAGUGGGGAUGGCACGCAGUUUUUCUACGACCAAAGGCUUGCAGCUAAAGGCCAACGAAAGGGUGGGUUGCUACUUAAUCACAAACCGCAGCAGCAAAGAAGCAAUAGGUCGGCUGUGCCUGAUCGCACUGAGUGCUGGUUCUGUCUGUCGACGCCAACGUUGGAGCGGCAUUUAAUUGUGAGCAUCGGUCAAGAAGCUUAUCUUGCGAUGCCGAAGGGCGCGAUAUGUGAAGAUCACGUGCUCAUCGUCCCUAUUGCGCACGAAGGCUCCACGUUAGCGCUCAGCGAGAACACCUGGUGCGAAAUCGAGCGUUUUAAAGAGGCGCUGCGUCGCUACUUUGCUUCGCGGGAUAAAGAGAUGCUGGUGAUUGACCGCAACGUGGCCACACUGGGCGCCACGCACUGUCACUUGCAAGCUGUAGGCGUACCCAAGGCAAAGGCUGCCGCCGCGCGCAGUAUUUUUGAAGCUGAAGGCGAGAAAUACUGUGUCAAAUUCCAGGAAUUGAUGAUGCCUGAUGCUGAGAAGAAAGCAGGUAGCAGCGCGUCGACUGGCCCUUUAGAGCUUCUGCGCGAGCAUGCCAACGAUAAGUCGUUCUUGUACGCUGAAGUGCCGAACGGCCAGGGCGGUGCCACGCACUUGCUUCACCAUGUUGACGGCAAACACUACGUGCAGUUUGGUCGACACGCGGCCUCACAUGUGUUGGAGAUGCCGCGUCGCGCCAAUUGGAAGUUCUGUGUUGUGCCGAAGUCGGAAGAGGAGAAACUCACGCAGAAGUUUAAAAGCCACUGGAGACCGUACGAUUUCACUCUAGAGAACAACGAGGACAGCGAAUGA